AUGGUUGUUAUCAACAAGGUCUCCAUUGCCCUCGUGGCCGCUCUCGCUGCCAUGGGUCAGGCUACUCACGAGGGUCUUCACGCUCGUCGCGUUCACCAGGUUCGCUCCGUCAGCGCGGCCGAGCAGUCCACCUCCACCGUCCUCGUGGUGCCUACUCCUGAGGCACCUGCUCCCGAGCAGCCCUCUCCCGCUGAGGAGUCCUCGUCCGUUCCCUCGGUUGCUGCCACUUCCUCCGUGGAGUCUGUCGCUCCCAGCUCGGCUCCCAGCGUUCCUUCCGUGGCCCCUAGUGCUCCCUCUGCUACCCCCAGUGCUCCUUCCGUGGUCCCCAGUGUGGCUCCUAGCUCCUCCUCGGUUGCCCCCGUUGCUUCGAGCUCUGCCCCCGUCGUUGCCAGCUCUUCUUCCGCUGUCGGCUCUUCUUCCGCUGUCGGCUCUUCUUCCGUUGCUAGCUCCUCUUCCGUGGCCAGCUCUUCCGCGGCUCCUAGCGUGAUCUCUAGCACUCCCUCCGUGGCUCCCUCCAGUGCUUCCGCUGGUGCUGGCAGCAGCUCCUCCGCUGCCGUUUCAUCUUCCGCUAGCAUCCUGCCUGCUUCUUCUAGCAAGCCUGUGCUCACCCGCACCCCCAUUGGUGUCAAGCCUUCCGGAACUCCUUCUGGUACUCCCUCCGGUACUCCCUCUGGAUCUUCCGCCAACCUGAGCAGCACUGUGUCUGCUCCCGCUACCACUGCCGCUCCUAGUGACGGGGCUGUGACCACCAGCGCUGAGACUGUGACCUACACCGUCACCAACGGUGCUUCCACUAGCGUUGUUACUACCACCAUCUACCGUACUUACACCCAGGAGCACACUGUCACCGCUACUGGUGCUCAGGCCAGCGUCACCAAGCCCGGUCAGGCUGGCGACAACCAGACCAAGGCUGCCGAGGACACCACCGAGACUAACACUUCCACUAUCCACUCCACCAAGACUGAGACUAUCACUCUUGUUGAGGUUCCCACCACCUCUGGCUCCGCUGGCUCUGGCAACGGAUCUGGCAGCGGAUCUGGCAGUGACUCUGGUGCUUGCGCCCCCGUUACCGUCACUGCUACCGUUACCGAGACUGUGACUGCUGCCGCAGCUGAGACUUCUGCUCCCGUCAACCACCAGGGAGGUGGUGCCGACAGCGGCUCCAACGACAACGGUGAGGGUGCCCAGAGCUCCUCCAUUGCCCCUGUCGCUCCUCUCCCCACCGCCACCGGCGUGACUACUCGCAUUCCCGCUCCCGGUGCUCACUCUCACACUCCCCACACUCGCACUCCCACCCCCUCCAGCAGCUUCGUGACCCGCACUCCCUCCGCCUCACCCAGCGUGCGACCUUCCUCCACCCCCAGUGGCCCCGCUCCCAGCGGUACCCCCAGCGGCAAGCCCGUCCUUGCUAACUGGCGCCGCCACUUCAUCUAA